AUGCCUGAGAACCGAAGCGUCAAGGCCGUCCUCGCAUUGAUCGACCAGGACCCAACUAAGAUCCUUGGCCUGACAGUGGGGCCUCACGCAAAUGUGAAACCAGGCCAAUAUAUCCCUAAAGCUGACGCCCAAUCCCACCCGACACUCUCCUUCGAAGUUCCCUCCCCAUCAGCAACGUACAUGGUCGUUAGCCUUGACAUUGAUGCCCCGUUUCCCUCCUUCGGCGUGCUAGGACCUAUCCUCCACUGGAUCCAGCCGGGACUCAAAGCCAGCAACGGCCAGCUGGAAGUGACCAAGCCGUUUGUGGCGAACUAUAUCGGACCUGCGCCGCCACCGGGUAGCUCGCCGCAUCGGUAUGUCUUCUUUCUGUAUGAGCAGCCCGAGAAAUUCGAUGGAAAGAAAUAUGCACCGCCGGAUGGUCAGAACUUGAGUAAUUGGUAUCGCAUGCGGUAUGACCUUGAUGCGUGGGAGAAGGAGAUUGGUCUUGGUCCGGUGUUGGCAGUUAAUUAUUUUACCAGUAAUUAG